AUGUCAGAAAAUUCAUUAGAACACAAGCUCAAAGAGGUUCUUUCGCAGUAUACAUGCCACCAAUGUGGCACCAAGCUCACCAUGUCAGAAUUCUCUCCGCUAAAAACUUUUUCAGGAGAUACAUGCAGGCAAGAAUCAAGUUGCUCAUAUUCAAACCCAGGAAAUAUUUCUGAUACCAUUGAUAGGCUUAUUAAACAAGCGCCAGGAUAUCCACUUCGAGUUUUCCAGCAAAACGAGGAUCAAUUGCACAUUGAAAUGAUCCGUCCCGGAGAAAUGGCAGGAGAUACUGGCAACGAGAGCUACAGAACCUCGAUCGAUCAAAGUGGCUUUAUAUUUGAUGAAGGCCAAGCCCAAUACUAUACUCCGCGCUCUGUUUAUACACCGAAUACCCCAAGCACUGGAGUGCUAAUUCCUUUGAGAAAUGGAGAAACUGUAAUCUCACACGGAGAUGGCAUCAAAAAAUUUCAAAACAAGUCAGAAAGCAGACGACAUCAAGAACCAAAAAGUUUUGCACCUACAAGUAAAGGCACUUACAAGGCCAAGCCUCGAUGCACAACCCUAGAUCACCCUCGAAAUAAAACAAAAAUAGAGCAAAAGGUUGUUCAGAAACCAAAAAUAAUAAAAAUGACUCCAUCAUCUGCAAGAAGUUUAAGUUCCCAGAAACCCAAAAUCAAAGAAGUAUCGACAAUCUAUAUAAGUUUAAAAGAUUUGAAGAAAUGUGAACCAGAACUGAGUAUUUCUCCUAUUUCAUGCCCUCCUGAACCCCACCCAAAAGAAAAGCAUCCUUCUCAAUUUGAAGUGGAUCUUAAGCUAAAAGACCAACAAGUAAAUUUGGUUGAUGAAAUAAGAAAGAAAAAAAUAUCUGAAGAGCAGCCUCAAAACUGCAGCUCAUAUAAAGAGAAAAUUGCUGAAUUUACGGUCCCUGCUAUCAGAAAUCGAAGUCCAAUGGUAAUUCAAGCAAAAAUUCUAAAAUCAAAUGGCCAGGAUAAUGUAUGAGAUAGCCAAACGCUAAAGAUUGAUGAUCAAAAUUUUGAUAUAAAAUCCUCUGAUGUACCUGAAGAGCAAGCACUUACUCCCCCCCUCAAUGAGCGAACAAAAAAAUUUUGUUCACUCACAGAGGGGGGUUAAUUUUUUUUUUAAAAAAAUUUAUAUAUAAAAUUUUAAAAAAAUCCUAAUUUGCAAAAAUUGGAAAGCAAAUAUUAAUUUAUUUGUAAAAAUUAUGUUUUAAAAACGAAAUUUGUUUAAAAUCAAACAGAAUUAGCUCAAGAUUUCAUUAUACUAAUUACCACUUAUAUAUCAAAAUUUUUUCCUAUAAAAAAAUUUUUGUUCGGUGGGUUUUCGGGCAAAAAUAGGAAUUUUUUUCCAAUGGUUUUGUUCGCUCACGGAUGGAGGAAGUUAUCAUUUUCGCAGAUAAGUAG